UCUCUCUCUCUCGCUCUCUCCCAACAAUGGCGCCCAAGAACCAUCUGAGAAGAAGAACCCAAGCUCCAAGCAUCUCCGGCGAUGAACAAGCUCGCAUCAACGCCAUAACUUGCGUUCGUUGCGGCUCCGGCGAGUCCCCGGCCGAGCUCCUCCUCUGUGACAACUGUGAUCAUGGCUUUCACCUCUUCUGCCUCUCUCCCAUUCUCCCUCGCGUUCCCAAAUCCUCCUGGUUUUGCCCUUCUUGCUCCUCCUCCUCCUCCCCUUCCAAAACCCCCAAGCAGUUUCCUCUAAUUCAAACCAAGAUUGUGGAUUUUUUCAAGAUCCAGAGAUCUUCAGAUGAAAACCUAGGGUGUAAGAAGAGGAAGAAGAAGUUAGGUGGGUUAGUAAUGGCUAAGAAGAAGAGAAGGCUCUUGCCUUUCAAUCCCAGUGAAGACCAAGAGAGGAGAUUGGAGCAAAUGGCUUCUCUUGCUACUGCAUUGACAGCAACUAGUUCAGUGUUCAGUGAUGAUCUCACUUACUGCCCUGCCAUGGCUCCUCGUUCCGCUAACCAGCCUUCUCUCGAGCGUGAAGGAAUGCAGGUGAUGUCUAAGGAGGACAUUGAAGCAUUGAAUGCUUGCAAGAAGAUGAUGGAAAGGGGUGAAUGCCCACCAUUGCUUGUUAUCUUUGAUUCUAGAGAAGGGUUUACAGUUGAGGCUGAUAGGUUCAUCAAGGACUUAACAAUAAUUACUGAAUACGUAGGUGAUGUCGAUUACUUGAAGAACAGAGAACACGAUGAUGGAGAUAGCAUGAUGACACUACUGUCGGCUAGAGAUUCAUCGAAAAGUCUUGUUAUAUGUCCUGAUAAGCGCAGCAACAUUGCUCGGUUUAUCAAUGGCAUUAAUAAUCAUUCACUAGAUGGGAAGAAGAAACAGAAUGUUAAAUGUGUGAGAUUUGAUGUGGAUGGUGAGUGUAGAGUGUUGUUGAUUGCAAGCAGAGAUAUUCGGAAAGGUGAGAGGUUGUAUUAUGACUACAAUGGAUAUGAACAAGAGUAUCCAACUCAUCAUUUUGUUUGAAGGUAUAUGUAUCUCUUUUUGAAUGAGUUCUAAAGAGAUUGUAUUUCCAUUGUUUCCUUUUCUUCUUGAAGACUUGAAGGAAAGAAAUGAGAGUUUUUUUCACAAAAAAAAUCUCUUGAUAUUUCAGGAAGAGUGUACACAACUUUCCAUUUGGUUUAAAGAAAUUUUCUUUGAGUUGUGAAAGAGAGAUUGAUGUCCUUGUAUUUGCUCUGUUGUUUCUGUUAUGAAGUUUUGAAGGUAAGA